UUGCCCCCAAAACAGUGCGUUACCUGCGUUAAUCAGAAUCCGUGUGCCGCCCUACGCCCUAUACUACUCGCCGUGGCGGUGUUGCCUGAUCGAAGUCGUCGAACUCGUCUCUGCUGCCCGAGGCCGUGCGGCGCGUCGUGAGGUCGCCGGAAUCAUCUCCUCGUCCAACUCGUGUCCGCUCCGCUUCACCUCUCCUCAAUUCCUCCUUUCUCGUGUCUUCAGAGUUUAGAUUCUUCUCACUGUAUGGCUUGAUCUAUCUUCUCGUGGCUUCAGUUCCUCCUUCCUCGUGUCGUGAACUCUUCUCUUCUGGUUUGAUCUAUCUAUUUCUCCCUCCUACUCACUCUCCAUGUUCAGUUCGAUUUUAAACUUUUACUUAUGCCGAAUUAUUUGUGCUGAUUUUAAAUUCUAAAUUUGUUCUCCGUAAAUAACUGCAGGGUUCCUUUGCUGAAUGAUUCUUGUCAUGUUAUUAGAAGUGAAUAUUUCUCUUCCAUUAUUUACGACUGUUUUGUUUCUUUUCGAUUUUGGGUUCGAUGACAACGAUAUGGUCUUUCUGUUCGUGGUCCUCGUGUAUGCUUAUUAUAAUUCAAAUGUUAGAAAAUUGAAUUCAUCGAUAAUGUAGUAAGAUAGGGGUUUGUUGUUAUUGGUGUGAUACUGUAAUCAGAAUUUUUUAUAUUAUUUUUUUAGAUGUGAGAAUUCCAUUUUUUUUAAUCAAUGCUGUAAUCAGAAAAUGCAGUCAGAUAGAAAUGGUUUGUUAUUUUCUCAAAGAGAAAAUUAUUCGCUGAUUUUGUAGAAUGAAUUAUUUGUGCUGAUUGCUGAAUUAUUUGUGUUGAGUUAUUCUUUCUUCAUUGUAAGAUUGUUUGUUUAUUACUUUAUCCGUGUUGAAAUUAUUGCAGCUCAUAAUCUGGAGAUUUGAAUGAAGUUAAUGAUGACUUUGGUGCUCAUGAUUGUUAAUUUUAGACUUUUAAUGAUUGAAGGAUUGUAAGGAUGAAUGUUUUGAAUGUUGUUUUAUUUUAUUAUUGUUAGACUUGUUGUAUCUUGGAGUUUUGGAUAUGGAUGAAUUUUUUGAAGAUUAAUGUUUUUUUAUUUAAAUUAUAUUAUUUUAAUCAUGACUGGCUUGACAAUGUUUUGAUCCUGGUUGGAUCAUUAGGACUAGUGCCCCAAUUGGUUCAAGGACCAAUUCAGUUUUCUGUACCUAAAGUAGUAUUUUUGAAGGACUCUGGACUAAAUAACUCUCUGUGGUCCUUCACAUUAAUUUUCCCUAAUUUCCCCCAAUUUGCCCCCUCCCAUUAGAUUGAUCCAUCAUGACCUUCUCGUCCUCUAUCGUAGGCUUUGUCAUUCAUUGGUGCUGCUGUUGCAGACGCUCAUUGCUGUCCCUUGGCAUUAUGUUUGGUUGCCCUUUCAUUGGCUUUGUGGACCAUUGCUAGUGUCUCGUCGAUUCCAUCCACUAUAGUUUUGUUGAAGGUACGCAGGCAUAAAGCAUGAUCUACACUGCAAUUGACACAUUCUACCUCACCGAUGAGCAGCUAAAGAAUUCACCUUCUCGGAAAGAUGGCAUAGAUGAAGCCACUGAAACCACCCUUAGAAUCUAUGGUUGUGAUCUCAUCCAAGAAAGUGGCAUUUUGCUUCGGUUACCACAAGCUGUCAUGGCCACUGGGCAGGUUCUAUUUCAUCGUUUUUACUGCAAGAAGUCAUUUGCGCGGUUCAAUGUGAAGAAAGUUGCUGCAAGCUGUGUAUGGCUUGCUUCAAAACUGGAAGAAAGUCCAAGAAAAGCAAGACAAGUAAUUAUUGUUUUUCACAGAAUGGAAUGUAGGAGGGAGAAAUUACCUAUGGAGCAUUUAGACUUGAGUUCCAAGAAAUAUGUAGACUUGAAGAUGGAGUUGAGUAGAACAGAGAGACAUAUUUUGAAAGAAAUGGGAUUUAUUUGUCAUGUUGAACAUCCUCAUAAAUUUAUAUCAAAUUACCUUGCAACUCUUGAAACUCCUGAAGAAUUGAGGCAAGAAGCUUGGAAUCUGGCUAAUGACAGCUUGCGCACAACAUUGUGUGUUCGAUUUAAGAGUGAGGUUGUGGCUUGUGGAGUUGUAUAUGCAGCUGCUCGCAGAUUCCAAGUACCCCUUCCUGAGAACCCUCCAUGGUGGAAGGCAUUUGAUGCCGAGAAAUCUGGGAUUGACGAAGUCUGUAGGGUUCUAGCUCACCUGUAUAGCCUUCCAAAGGCUCAAUACAUAGCAGUCUGCAAGGAUGGUGACUCAUUUACAUUCUCCAAUAAAUCAGCAGAAUCACAAUCUCAGGCCGUACCAAAGGACGUUCCGCAGAGUAGCCCACCAGCAGACACUAACAUCUCUAUUUCAAAGGGAGCUCCGGCGGAAUCUAACAGUGAAGCUGGCAAUAGCAAGGGUACAUUGGUGAAACAAGCCAUUGAUAAGAUGAUAGAGUCUAAGAUUGAUAAUGAUUCAAAGAGCAUGGCUACAGAGGUAGAGGCAAGAGAUGAGCCCAUGCUAAAAUCCAAAUCUGAUCGUAAAGUAGAGACCAGUGGGGAGACACGGAGGGAAAGGGAAAGAGACAGAGAUAGGGAAAGGGACAGGGACAGAACAAAAGCCCGUGAUCGUGACCGGGGAAGGGAUUCUGACAGAGAAAGAGAUCGAGAGGAAGCAGAUAGGGAUAAACUCAAGGAUCGAGGUCACCGUACCAGAGAUAGAACAAAGGAUUCAGGACAUUCUGAGAAAUCAAAGUAUCACUCAUCACGUGAUCGUGAGAACUAUGGCAACUCGUAUUCGUCAAGGGAGAAGGAUCGACACAGACAUCAUUGAUCUAUACUGGAGAGUUAUUAAGAAUGAUUGCCAGUUAUCUGGUUUCAGAUAUCCGGCCGUAAUCUAUACUUCUAAUGCUUCCCAAAACGAACUGUCGACCGCUACGGGUUUCGCUGAAUGGCGUUUGUCAUGGAGAUUAUCUUCCCAUUUCCGGGCGUUUUAUGUUAUUUUCAUGUAGAAUGCGGGAGUUCGUAUUAGCAUCUGAAAAUUUUAAAAUAUACUCCACCGAAAGCAAUCAUAGUCAAAUAUCCAAUUACAAAUU